ACCCAAAAACGAGAUCAAAGAAGGAUAGGAACCCAGAAGAUCCAUGGCGGAACCAAAACAAAGCUCUCUUUCUGAGGAGAAGACAAGUGUAAUUGGAAACAGCAAAGAGGAGAAACAAUCAAUGGUUCAUGAAAAGGAGACUCAUGGAAGAAGUGAAGACAUUGAUGAGAAGACAAGAGUGGAUGAUGUGAAAGGACCUGGUGUCAUCGAACGUAUGAAGGAAGAAAUGGAAGCCAUUGUCGACGCAGUUACUCCUACCAAAACUUCUGGCAAGUGAAAAAAAAAAUUCAUUUGUUGUUUAUCUCUUCUUGUUCCCUUCGUAUCUGUGUAAGAACUGUAACCAACUCUUUGCCUAAUAAAGACACGACCCUUUAGAUUGUUGACAAAA